CCACUUACGUGUCCCAUCUUCUACCAUUUCAGAGUCCCUGGCUUCUAUAACCUGAGAUGUAACCUCUCUUUUGCUUCGCAUUCGGCAGCAGAGAGUUUCUUUUUUCUGCUUCCUGGAUCAAAACGAAGGAUAGAACUAGAAGCAUGAAGCCCAAGAGCAAUUACCCCCUCAAGCACAAGCUCAUUCUCCUUGGCAUCUUCCUCGCAUUCCUUGUUAUCUUCCUUUCGAGAUCAAGCUUUUCAUCCACCCAUGAUGUCGUCUAUUCGGUUGCGCAAAACUCCUCCUUGCAAGCCUCAUCAGAAGCAAAAGCGUCCGACUGCUCGCCCACUUGUUCCAAGAUCCCCAAUCCAUUAGCACAAGCUCUCAUCCACUACACAACCUCCACCAUCACCCCUCAACAAACGCUCAAAGAGAUCUCGGUGACUGCCCGAGUCCUCAAAAAGAAAUCCCCGUGCAACUUCCUCGUGUUCGGACUCGGCCAUGACAGCCUCAUGUGGAGCUCCCUCAACUACGGCGGGCGAACCGUCUUCCUAGAAGAAGACGCGGCAUGGAUAGAGCAAAUCAGACGAAGGUUUCCGAUGUUGGAGUCAUAUCACGUGACCUACGACAGCAAGGUGAACCAGGCAGAUAACCUAAUGGAGGCAGGGAAGGUGCCAGAGUGCAUGGCGGUGAGCGACCCGAGAUACUCCAUGUGCCAACUCGCACUCAAAGGCUUGCCGACCGAAGUUUACGAGAUACAAUGGGACCUUAUCAUGGUCGAUGCGCCGACAGGAUACUAUGAGGAGGCACCAGGGAGGAUGACAGCGAUAUACACGGCUGGGAUGAUGGCUAGGAAUAGGAACAACGGAGAGACAGAUGUGUUUGUGCACGACGUUAACAGGUCCGUGGAAGAACAGUUCUCCAAGGCAUUCUUGUGUGAGGGUUACAUGAAAAAACAGGAAGGGAGGUUGAGGCACUUCACCAUCCCUAGCCACAGAGGCGAGUCCAGCUUGCCCUUCUGUCCCACUCUAAAUUAGUGGCCAAGGCGAAUUUUUUCAUGUUCAUGGAGUGGCCACAGGGCCACUGACGUGGGUCUAGGACAGUUUUGAGCUUAUAAAUAAGCAUGUGUGCUGUAGUCCUUCCUUGUCAUAAGCAUCACUUUUCUCCCUGCAAUGUAAAUGCAUUUGGGCUACUGCAAUUUUCUUAUAUCUUCCUGCGAUUUAUACACCAUGUCUGUUUAAAAGCUCCGCCUUGUUCAUUGCUUC